CGAAGCUUAGCAGCAGCGGUAGCAGCAGCCGUCGAAGAAGAUGCUGUUUUGGCACACGCAGCCGGAGCAUUACAACCAGCACUCGACAGGCAGCUACCUGCGUGAUGUCCUCGCGCUCCCAAUCUUUAAACAGGAAGAGCCUCAACUCUCCCCUGAGAAUGACACAAAACUCCCUCCAUUUCAGUAUGUGCUCUGUGCGGCCACAUCCCCUGCUGUGAAGCUUCAUGAGGAGACACUGACUUAUCUAAACCAAGGUCAGUCUUAUGAAAUCCGUCUACUUGAGAAUAGGAAAUUGGGAGAGUUUCAAGAUUUAAACACAAAAUAUGUAAAGAGCAUCAUUCGUGUGGUUUUCCAUGAUCGCCGUCUGCAGUACACAGAGCACCAGCAGCUCGAAGGCUGGAGGUGGAGUCGGCCAGGAGAUCGCAUCCUUGACAUAGAUAUCCCACUGUCAGUCGGCAUCCUAGAUCCCAGAGCCAGCCCCACACAGCUGAAUACAGUAGAAUUUUUGUGGGAUCCCUCUAAGAGAGCAUCAGCAUUCAUUCAGGUGCAUUGUAUUAGUACAGAAUUUACUCCGAGGAAACAUGGGGGAGAGAAAGGCGUACCCUUCCGGAUACAAAUGGACACCUUCAAACAGAAUGAGAAUGGCGAAUACACAGACCACUUGCAUUCUGCAAGCUGCCAGAUCAAAGUCUUUAAGCCUAAAGGAGCAGAUAGGAAACAGAAGACAGACAGAGAAAAAAUGGAGAAGAAAACUACUCAAGAAAGGGAGAAAUAUCAGCCAUCCUAUGAUACAACCAUUCUGACAGAGUGUUCCCCGUGGCCAGAUGUGCCUUAUCAAGUGAACAACGCUCCGUCUCCAAGUUACAACAGCUCUCCAAACAGUUUCAGCCUUGGAGAUGGCAACAGUUCUCCAACUCACCAGGCGGAGCUCCUGCCUCCCAGCAAUGACCAUCUCCUUCCCUCUGCUUCUAUUCAAGAUGCUCAGCAGUGGCUUCAGCGAAAUAGGUUUAGUCCAUUCUGUAGACUCUUUUCAAGUUUCUCAGGUGCCGACUUAUUGAAGAUGUCCAAAGAUGACCUUAUUCAGAUUUGUGGCCCAGCUGAUGGCAUUCGACUUUAUAACGCCAUUAAAGGAAGGAACGUAAGGCCCAAGAUGACCAUUUAUGUAUGUCAGGAACCUGAGCAAAACCGAUCUCACCUUCAUCAAAAACGAGAGAAUGGAGAUGCUAAUCUGUGUAUAUACCAUGCUAUCUUCUUAGAAGAGCUGACAACAGUGGAAUUGAUGGAGAAGAUUGCCAACUUGUACAGUAUUUCCCCACAGCAGAUAAACCGAAUCUAUCGGCAAGGACCUACAGGGAUCCAUGUAUUGGUGAGCAAUGAGAUGGUACAAAACUUUCAAGAUGAAUCUUGUUUUGUCAUCACGACGUUAAAAGCUGAAAGCAAUGAUGGCUACCAUAUCAUUCUGAAAUAACCCUCUUCUAUGUAUGUUGGGACUUACAACAUUAUGAUGCCUCACUGCAACCCAGACUGAAAAGAUGGAAAACUCAUUUGUAUAAUAGUGUUCUUAUUAACUGAAUGCCCUAACAGAAAAAUUAAAGUGUGUAAAUUUCAGAGUGUUGGGGACUAGACGUGGUCUUCGGAGUUCAUCUGAUUAUUGUUUUGAAUUGCAUUUCCUUUUUAGAACUACCUGUAUGCAUUUUUGUUCAUUGUUCAAAACCAUGUGCCUUAUUAAAACAAAAAUGACUUAAUAUGAAAAGCACUUCUCCCAAACCUCCAGGGGCUAGCAUUAUAAAGGCUGAUCAUCCUGGUUACAAAUGUAGCUAAAUGUAUAUACAGUACUACUUUUCCUUCUCUUCCUAGGUAAUAUAGAUAACCAGACAGCUACGGAUUCUUUCUUCUUAAAGCAAAUUUGCAAUUAUCACCUAAGUUCCUAAGGAGGGUAGUUACUUUCCUGCAUGCUUCUUUUGUUGUUGCAUCUGACAACAGACCAAGCAGAAGCGCUAUUUCCACACACCCCUUUAGUUAUUCUGUAUAACUCUUACUUGCUCAUUUUAAUUAGGUGGCUUUGUUUUAGGACUUCAAAUUGAAAUAAGGACAAACCAGGGCAAAUUUUGCCCUCAGCUGAAUUGUGCGCCUCAUUUGUGGCUAUGAUAUUCCCCCCCAGUAAAACUCAAAAGCUACCACUGAGAUCUACUGGAGAAAUGAAAAGGGCUGACUGGAGAAAUGGGCAGGUUUUGCUGCACAUCCAGUUUGCAGUUGCCCCAUGGAACUCAGUGAGAGAUUUAACUUUGGAAGAAAGCGCACUAGCUGUGUGUGUGUGUGUGUGGGUGGAGAGAAGUUAUAUAUGAGGGGAGAGGUUAGCAAAUACUUAUCCUCCAGGGCAUGGAGCAAGCACUGACCCUCAUCCAGUAAUGUGUUCACAAACUGGUCUCCUUUCUGCUAUAAAAGUAUGACAGAAGGUUAUAGGUUUGGUCAAAGAUCUCUCACGUGCCUUGGACUUUGCUUAUGGCUGUGAGCAACGUUUCUUCCUCCUCUUCUGAACACUCUUGUUUCAGGCUCUUUGCUUCAAAAGCUCUCAAGGCAAUGUUGUCGCUAAGGGAAAGAGGAAAGAUGGAAACUAUGCAUUCCUCUCCUCAUGUCUACCCUUCCCUGGCAGUUGUAUGUGCAUAUCAUAUGCCUGCUUCACCAACAAUUGUAUGUUAAGCUUCUUAGGUUAAUAAGGUCUGUGCUGUUUCCACUUGCAUCUGUGGAUUUGAAUAUUCUUUAUUUGUUUUUAAGAAACAGUUGCACCCCUUUCUGUUUUUUUUCUUUUUCUCUUUACACCCCAUCCUGCUACCACUUCUUCCUUUUGAGUAUGGAUUAUAGAAGCUUGUAUAUAGAUAGGUAUAAAUAUUUACACUCAUGGUCCUAACUUUAAAUAUUUAAAAGCAAGAGUCCCAUAAUUUUGGGGGCUGUUUUAACAUGGCUCUGAAGUUGUCAGUAAAACUAAGGAAUCUUGCAAAUUUUCAUAAUACUUAAGAAGUUAAAUGGAAGUACCAAUACAGUAAUCAUCAAGAAGUAUAGGAAGCAAAAUAUUCAGAAAGAAAUGUCCCAUAGUCUAACUGGGGAGGUGUUUGCUCUGUUGAUUUCUCAGUUCUGCUCCAAUCCAGAAAUUGGGUAUAAAUGUUUUCUUUUACCCAAAUUACCCCCUAAGUGAUUCUAAUGUAUUAAUGUAUUUUCAGAUAUUAAUGUCACAGGACAUACUGUCAUAAAGGCAGACAGCUACUUCUGUGGCAAAAUAAGUCUAAUUACUUUGCUGAUAUGAGUGCCUUCUUGUGAUGCUCUUUUCUAAAAUGUGUGUUUUUGUUGUUGUUCCCCUAUCGUCUAAUUUGGCAAGUGAGGCUGCAAUCCUGUACCCGCUUAUCUGGAAGUAAAGUCUCAUUGAACUCAGUGGGCCUAAGCUGCUGAGUAGACAGGAGUGUGCAGAUUGUGCUGUGAGCGAUCUUAUGAAAAUCUUUGUGUAUAAGUAACAUUUUUCUCUACUAAUAUUGUAAAGAAUGUUAAGCUGGACGGACACACGCACAGUGUUAUGCGGUCAGUCUGUCAUUGAGCUGGACACUUGCACCCUGAUCCAUUGAGUGCAGUGGGUGUGCAGAAGCAGGCUUCUGUGCAGUGAUUCCCUGCUGCAUCAGGAACCAUGCAUACAGAAGAGUAAUGCACAUGUAACUCCCUUGUUUGGUUAAGGGCACUGCCUGCAGUGCUGGCCACUGAAGUAGGAUGGUGCAUUCAAUGGCCAACAGAUGGCCACUGCCCAGAUGGGUUGGAAAGACUUUAUAUGGCUGCCUCCUCUAACAUUUGACAGGUAUCUGUUGGGUUGAGUGCACAUGGCUCAUUCCUCAUGUGCAACAGUGCAUGGGGCUCCUUCGAAAAAGGAGAACUUGCCUUUAUCUGACUCGUAGAGUGAAGGGAAACAUAAAAAAAUAUUUUUACACUCCCUGAAUGGCUCUAAUGGGCACAGCUAUCAUGGUUCAAAAUUACAUUUAGCACAUUUGUAAUUUGUUGUGUUUCACGGAAGUAUAAACACUGUACUUUUGGUAAAGGAAACCCUGACUUCUUUAACAUAAUAAUAAUUAAUAAUAAUAAUAAUCACAGCUUUUUAUAGCAGAUGGGUAGAUAACUAUAGAAAUAGACUGGACAAAGCUUGAUAUCUUUUAAGUUAACAAGUGCUGAGCUGUUGCUGAGCUGUCUGUGUUAAUAACAACACAUUUUCCCUGGCUUAUUUGUACCUCUGAAACACUGAACUAGAAUUCUUUAUAGUCCUCCAAAGGAAGAUGACAUUUAUUAGGUGGAGUUAGCAUUAACGUGCCGAUUACCUCUACACGCACAUAGGAAAACAUUGUUUGCCAAUAUUCCAUUUCACUGUCGCUGUAGUCUGGGAUAAGGUGUGUGAACCUCAUUUUGGGACUGGAGUUUUCAGCAUGCACAAGGAAGUUGACUAACUUUAAUACUUUUUAAUAGGCUUGUCUCAGGAAAAGCUUUAAAUUAGUACCUCCCCACCCCCCUUGUCAAAUGUAUAUUUGUGUGUUUUGCACUCGACUUUGUUAUCUUCUGGAGGGGGGAAAGCUCUUAAAUGAUCUUUUAAAAAUUAAAUUUCUUUUGUCUGAUUGGGGGUAGGUAUUUCUGUCUUUCAAAGGGUUAUGGGAGUUCAGUUUUCUUCACCUGUAAUGCAGCAACCAUUUAAAUGGGUGUGAUUUAAAUGAAGGGGGGAGGAAGGGAGGUCAAGCGUAAAGAGUUGUGAGUAUACUGCCAGAUUCUCUCUUGGUUUUUAUAUAUAGAUUUUUAAAAAAAACCAAAAACGAAACCUGCAUAUUUUGCACUGGCCAUUCUACUGUUGUACAGAAGAAAAGACACAUCUGUAUUUAGACUCUGUGCUCCAGUAAAAAUGCAAAUAAACUUUGUAAGAAAUA